AUGAAGACAUACGCUCGUUCAAAUGUCAAGUGUACUGGUCAGCAAGAAACCAAUCGGGAGACAUCUGUCUUCAUGGUGGAACCCGGGGCCACACUGAAAAAUGUGAUUAUCGGUAAAGAUCAAAUGGAAGGUGUACAUUGCGCUCAGAACGAUUGCAAGAUUGAAAAUGUGUGGUGGGAUGACGUUUGUGAGGAUGCGCUGACUAUCAAGGGUGGGUCAGCCAACAGUAUGACACAGGUGAUCGGUGGUGGUGCGCGGUCGGCUCAUGACAAAAUUAUUCAGCACAAUGGUUUGGGAACCGUCUCAAUUGAAGGAUUUUAUGCACAAGAUUUUGGUAAACUCUACCGCUCAUGUGGAACUUGCAGCAAUACGUCUCGUAAGGUGACCCUCACGAACGUGUUGGCCGUGAACGGCAAGGUGAGUGUCGCGACUGUCAACAAGAACUGGAAUGACCAGGCAAAGCUUCAGAAUAUUAUAAUCAGAGGGAAAAGGAUCGCUGUAUGUCAGUGGUCGGAGGGUUCCAUUUUAGGAAAUCCUAAAACUGUUGGUGCCGGCCCAUCGGGCUCACUCUGUCAAUACUCUAAUAGUACUAUAACCUAUGCGUAA